AUGCAGGACGGGUCUGGGGCUGCCCUCGGCAAUGCCGUGACGCGUGCGGUUGACUCUUUGAGCACGGCACUCAAUACGGAGAAGGCCGAGCAUGCCAAGACUAAGACGGAGCUUGAAAGGACCAAGGCUAAGCUUGCGGAGAGGGAGACGGAGCUUCGUCAGGUUCAGGCCCAGCUUGCAGCGGAGACGGAUGAGCAUGCCAGGACUACGACGAAGCUUAACCAGACCAACGCCAAGCUUGCGGAGAGGGAGACGGGCGCGGCAAAGCGCAAGCGGGAGGAGAAGCAGGAGCAGGGAGCCGUGGACCUCACGUGCUACAGCACGGCGCUACUGGCCGGCAAGACCUCCGCCGGCGGCUGCGUGCUGGUGCCAUGGACAGGCGAGAUGAAGUCCAUUGCCUGGGUGCUGAAGGCGCCAGACCCGACCAAUCCGUCUUGGCUUCACGUCGAGUGCUCCAUCAAGGCCGCCAAAAACGUCCCCAUCGUGGAGACUUUCAACCCGCGCUUGGUCGUGCCCGUCACCCCCGACAACAUCCGCACCCUCCUCGAGGAGGUACUCGCGCCAGAAAACCUGCGCAAGCUCAAGAACACGCCCGAUCAGGACCCAGCGGAGUCAGAGGCUGCCUUCUUCAAGCGUGCGCUACUUCAGACCACAGCAUCGGUGAAAGGCCGCAGCAACGCCCGCGACAUUGACGGCGCCCUUGUCGACUCCAUUGUUGCGGUCAUUGAGCGCUCGUGGCCUUGA